UAGCUAGCGCUAGCGCUCGGGCUCGGUGGUGGGCGCCGCAGCUCCGCGUCCCGGACGCCUCCUCCCAGCACAGGUUUCACGGGCACCACUUGACCCCUCCCCUGCCCUGAAUCUGAGCCAGCACCAUGCACGGGCGCCUGAAAGUGAAGACAUCGGAAGAACAAGCGGAAGCCAAAAGGCUAGAGCGGGAACAGAAGCUGAAGCUAUACCAGUCAGCCACCCAGACUGUCUUCCAGAAGCGCCAGGCUGGAGAGCUGGAUGAAUCAGUGCUGGAACUGACAAGCCAGAUUCUGGGAGCCAACCCUGAUUUUGCCACCCUCUGGAAUUGUCGCCGAGAGGUGCUCCAGCAGCUGGAGGUCCAGAAGUCCCCCGAGGAGUUGGCCGCUCUGGUGAAGGCAGAACUGGGCUUCCUGGAGAGCUGUCUGAGGGUGAACCCCAAGUCUUACGGUACCUGGCACCACCGCUGCUGGCUGCUGGGCCGCCUACCAGAGCCCAACUGGGCCCGGGAGCUGGAGUUGUGUGCCCGCUUCCUCGAGGUUGAUGAGCGGAACUGUAUGUGCCUGCAGAUUCUGUCCCUACAGCCCUCACCUGCCCCACAUUCUGUUCACUGCUGGGACUACCGGCGGUUUGUGGCUGCACAGGCAGCUGUGCCCCCUGCAGAGGAGCUAGCCUUCACUGACAGCCUCAUCACCCGAAACUUCUCCAACUAUUCCUCCUGGCAUUACCGCUCCUGCCUCUUGCCCCAGCUGCAUCCCCAGCCAGACUCUGGCCCCCAGGGGCGCCUCCCUGAGGAUGUGCUGCUCAAAGAGCUGGAGUUGGUGCAGAAUGCCUUCUUCACUGACCCCAAUGAUCAGAGUGCCUGGUUCUACCAUCGUUGGCUCCUGGGACGAGCGGAUCCCCAGGAUGCCCUGCACUGCCUGCACGUGAGCCAGGAUGAGGCCUGUCUGACUGUCUCCUUCUCUCGGCCCCUCCUAGUGGGCUCCAGGACGGAGACCUUGCUACUCAUGGUGGACGAGUCACCCCUGGCCGUGACGUGGAGAACCCCAGAUGGCAGGAACCGGCCUAGCCACGUCUGGCUCUGUGACCUGCCCGCCACCUCUCUCAAUGACCAGUUGCCCCAACAUACAUUUCGUGUCAUUUGGACAGCAGGCGGUGCCCAGAAGGAGUGUGUGCUCUUAAAAGGCCGCCAAGAGGGCUGGUGCCGGGACUCCGCCACGGAUGAACAGCUCUUCAGGUGUGAGCUGUCAGUGGAGAAGUCCACGGUGCUACAGUCCGAGCUUGAAUCCUGUAAGGAGCUGCAGGAGCUGGAGCCUGAGAAUAAAUGGUGCCUGCUCACCAUCAUCUUGCUGAUGCGGGCGCUGGACCCCCUGCAGUAUGAGAAGGAGACGCUGCAGUACUUCCAGACCCUCAAGGCCGUGGACCCUAUGCGGGCAGCGUACCUGGACGACCUGCGAAGCAAGUUCCUGCUGGAGAACAGCGUGCUCAAGAUGGAGUACGCGGAGGUGCGCGUGCUGCACCUCGGUCACAAGGAUCUGACGGUGCUCUGCCAUCUGGAGCAGCUGCUCUUGAUCACUCACCUGGACCUGUCGCACAAUCGUCUCCGAGCCCUGCCCCCUGCCCUGGCUGCCCUGCGCUGCCUCGAGGUGCUGCAGGCCAAUGACAACACUAUCGAGUCCCUGGACGGUGUCACUAACCUGCCCCGGCUGCAGGAGCUCUUUCUGUGCAACAACCGCCUCCAGCAGCCUGCAGUGCUCCAGCCUCUUGCCUCCUGCCCCAGGCUGGUCCUCCUCAACCUGCAGGGCAACCCCCUGUGCCAAGCAGUGGGCAUCUCGGAGCAUCUGGCCGAGCUGCUGCCUUCCGUUCGCAGCAGCCUCACCUAAGAGACUCUGCCCCCGCCCCCUGCCCUUUAACUUAUUGGAACUGAAUAAACAAUGAAGAGGCCCCCAAA